AGGGGAGAAUGAAAAGAUGUGGCUCCGACCAUUUGUAACGACAAUGUGAAGCUAACUAACGUGUAUAUAUACACUGUAUCUAGAUAUCCCUAACAUGGCCACAUCUACCCUUUGGCUACAUGCCAGCUUCUCAACCAACCUUUCAAGGAAGAAGAAACUGAAAAUAACAUUUCCAGACGGUGAUUAUAAAGAAGCCUUUGAUAUCCUUUGCAGAACUGUGAAUAAGAUGUUGAAACAUAAUCCAGAUGCCGAGGUUUUAAAGCCAGAGAUGGUGUAUAAGCCAGAGGAUGAGAUGAACGGGGCAGGAAACUCUCUGGAGGAUGAAAUCGAUUUUGAAGGAAUGCUUGAGGGGCGUUCUAAAGGGGAGGGAGUCAGAGUAAUCGUUACCACGACAGAAAUGGGUAGUUUCGAUAUGAGAUCCUCGUCUGUUGGAUCCUCAUCACAAAUUGCCCCAUUGACCCCAGGCUCAAUAACCAGAUCUGCAUCAUUCAAUUUGAAAAGCAUAUACGAAUCUCUGAGUAAAGCAGCUAAAAAACCUGGUUUAGAUUCGUCAUAUUUUGUAAAUCCCCUUACAAAUAAAGUUCAAGAUGUGCGACUUGUAGAUUUUAAAUUUGAGGACGGUUCAGCGAGGGGAGGAGAUUCCUGUUACGCCAGGGUUUUUGAAGCUACUUAUAAUGAUAACCGCUUUGCUAUCAAGAAAAUUGAUGGGAUAUUAAUGGACUGCGAGAACAAUCGACCCGCACUGGCUUUUGAAAGGGAAAUGAAGUUCUUAAGAAAAACAACGGAUUGGAAGUGCGAAAACAUCGUCCAAUUUCAUGGUUUCAUUCGAACUGGUGAAACAGCUCGACUAAUUCUGGAGCUGAUGGAUAAGGACCUGUCGCAAACCAUAGAGUCUCUUAAGAGGUCGGGAUUAUACAACAGAAUGGUGGAAGAGAGCAAGGAUUUUGAGGAUAUGGGGUACAUUGUCUUAAGAGAUGUCAGUAAUGGACUGCGUUUCACUCAUGGCCACAAUCCUGAGAAAGAAAUUUUCAUGCAUCGAGACAUAAAAUCGUCGAACAUCAUGUUCAAAAGAGCUGAACACCGAUUUGCUAUCAUUGACUUUGGAACUACCAAAAAGAUCACAGGAGAAGAAAAUAAGUUGCACUCCGCAGGAGCAGGACAGCGGUACUAUGAAGCUCCUGAGUGCACGGAGUUUAAACCAACCUACUGUGAGUCCUGUGACAUUUGGUCAAUGGGAAUCACGUUGAUAAAGUUCAUAACCGGCAAGCAUCCUAUCUGGGAUGAUUCUUCUGAAGAAUCAUCUUCAAGUGACGAACAUAUGAGGAACAUCAAAAAGGACAAUAUCAUAUCUGAAAGAAUAACAGGCAAAGGAAUGGACGGUGAGAAGAUUGAUUAUCCUAUUGGUCUCACCUCUCAAUUUCUAUCCCAGGAAUUUAAAGAUAUGAUCAACUCUUGUGUUAACCGGGAUCCAACCGGUCGACCCUCUGCGCAAAAUAUUCACAAUUUUGCCAAAAAUAGAGCUGAUUCAAUCGACCCACUUCGUGUUGAGGAACUUUUUGCCAAAUUCUGUGGAAGUCGAUAAUCUACCACGUGCGAGUGGAAAGAAACCCACCUUAAGAUUAUUGUUAGGAUUAGGUUUAAGGUUAUGGUGCCAUAAUAUGGCAGUUUUUGUUUUUCUGUUGGGAUAAUAUCCCACCAAGCUUUGUUUUUGUUCUUGGUCAUUGUGAAUAAUCAAAUAUUACGUACCAACUGACAUAAUAUGGUUACUAUGUAAUUUCGUUUUGUUUCGUUAUUGGGGCUGAUUUAUUAACAGCUUUUUUGUUGUCGGCUGAUUAUAUGUUCCGUUUUUAAGAGUGUUCUUUUAUUCUUUUUAACACUAUAUUCUUACACUUUAUUUUUUGUACGAUUGAAAGACGAUGAUAGUAAAGCUGAAUAUCUAUUUUAGUUAAAUUGAUAAGUAUUGUUUGUUUUUUAUUCAUUUUUCAAGCAACCCCAGGCUAUUUAAUUGAUUGUUAGUCGUUCUUCAAAUAAUGUAUUCUUUACAUUACAACC